GCCAUAUAAAAGGCUUUUGCCAAGAUUAUUCGGGACAACUUCACAGUUGAGGAGUAACAGUCGCCAAGGAGAAACAGCGCUGCAAACAUGAGGACCUUUAUCUUUAUCGGAGUUGUUGCCUUAACUGUUAUCGCUGUUACAGCAGCCGGUCCUUCUCAGGCUGGGUGUCCCCCGGUCUGCAGUAUGUAUUGCGAGAAUGGCUUCAAGACUGACGAAAAUGGGUGUCCAAUUUGUCGAUGCAGGUCAGAACCGUGUCCUCCGAUCUGCCGGAUGCAUUGUCCAUACGGCUUCAAGCUUGAUGCAAAUGGGUGCGAAAUUUGUGAAUGCGCCUGUGCCCCUGUCGUCUGUAUGAUGUAUUGCGAGAAUGGUUUCGAAACUGACGGAAACGGUUGUGAAAUCUGCAAGUGCAAGUGACCUUAGAAAACCAACUCACUUCAGCACCGACAAACAGCCGAUCGGACAGACGCUACAAUGUGCCAACAGUGUUUUUAAUAUGAAUGACUCUCAUUUUAGUUGACGACAGGACCUGAACUAUACUAUAUCGGUGCGUGUGUGUCCUUCACACGCUUUCGUGUAAGCUGAAGAUAACUCCAUCAGUUGACAGCGUUUGUUUUGAAUGUUCUACAAUAAAAAGCGAUAUAUCUAUUGAA